AGCGGCGUACACAGAACACACUGGAAAGGAGCCCACGCGGCCAGAGCCCGCCGGAGGGCAGGGGCAGGAGCUGCGCCCACCCCAGGCGGGGUCGGGGGACACCUGGACAGGGCCCGGAGGUUUCCAGAGCCGGCUGCAGAAGGGAAGCUGAGCUGGCCUGGCUGGGGAAGAUGGAAGAAGGGGGGCCAGGCCCUCCCCCUCCUAACCCAGCCUCCAUCCCUGCCCAUGAAGGCUGACUCAGCCCAUUCUUGGGCCCAGAACCUUCCCUGUGCUAGAUCCUGGGGGCCUUUGUCCCCCUAGUCAUGAGGUCUGAGGGGGCGGGACGCUGGUGAUAAAAGGCCCUGGAGACCGCUCUGAGGGCCUCAGAGCCGCAGCCCAGAUGCAGCCCCGGACGCAGCCCCUCGCCCAGGCCCUGCCUUUCUCCUUCAGAAGGGCCCUGCGGGGUACCGGGCUCCAGGUGCCGGUCGUGAAGAUGGGCACAGGAUGGGAGGGCCUGCAGCAGACCCUGAAGGAGGUGGCCUACAUCCUCCUCUGCUGCUGGUGCAUCAAGGAGCUGCUGGACUGACGCGGCGCGGACCGCCCCCGCUCUGCCCGCCCCGCUCAGCUCCGGCCCAGACCCCCACCCCCACCCCAGGCCGGCGGUGCUCCACCCACCGUGGACCACACACCACGGGGAGGCGGAACGUGGACCCUGCUUCGAGUUUGUGCCAUCCGCCAGCUUCCGCUCCCAGCCCCCACCUCUGCUGGACCUCCAGGGCACAGGAGCCUGACCUGCUGGCCGAGACCCCAGUGUGACUGCAGCAGGCCCGGCACGUGAGCCCACCAGGCCCAGAGGCUCGAUUGACCUGUUCCUUCAGUGCCUGGAAUGGGCGGCCCCUCCCCGCUGAGAAUCCCUAAACUGUGUGUGUACGCACGCGUGUGCCCGUCCUGGUGCUCCGAACACAGCGGUGAACAACACAGGCCCCUGGCCUCACGGGGCUCACGUUCUGGGGGCGGAGACGGAAAAUAGUGUAAGCCAGAAAAGCUAGGGUAUAGAUGUUCCGUAUAAAAUAAAUAGGCCUUAAGGCCAAAAGUUC